AUGGAUUCUGCAACAACAUCCGUAAUUAAUUAUUUAGAACAACGAGCUGAAGUCGAUCGAGUUCAUGUCAAAGAUAAAAGUACAUGUUCAGCAGAUGCUUUACUACAGUGGGAAGACAAAAACGAAUGCGAAUUACCUGAUGAUCUGAAAAAAUUCUAUGCAAUGUCAGAUGGACUUGAUAUACGAUGGUCAGUUAAAACGGGAAAUAAUAACACAAUACCAACAUUUAUUGGUAAAAUGCAUAUAAAUUCAUUGAAUGAUUUAACGAAAAUAGUUACAGCUGGAUCGAAGCAAACAGCCGUUGAUGAAUUGAAUGAUUUUUCUGAGAAUGACGCACCUCGAUUUAAUUCUCGUUCAUGGCAUAUAUUUGAACUUGAUAAUUCCGAAGGACAAGGACGCGUUUGUCUUGUCUAUAAUCCAAGUCGCGAUGUGAGUAUUUGGUUUUUGGAUCGUUCAUUACAUUUUCAUCGGCUUGCUUUUACGUUUACUGAUUAUUAUCGUCUGCUACUUCUUCAUUGUGGUUUACCUUAUUGGCAAUAUAAAUAUACUGAUUCCGGUAUUCCACCAUAUAUAUUACAUUGGUACUAUACCAUUGCACCUUCUUUAUUAAUUCCGUGUGCGGCCGAUGACAUAUCAUCAUUGAAUUUAAUUUCAUUUAAUAUCGAAAAAGUGUUCCAAAAGAAUGCAAGUUCCGCGUCAAAGAAUUCUAAAGCGCCAAAUCAACAAAAUUCAACAGGACAAUCUCAACAACCCUAUCCGGUUGCUGGGAUUCGUAGUGCAACACAAAAUCAAAAACGUACAAUUCAACAAACCAAAAGUAUCAAUCGAUCGUCUUCUGUUCCACGUUCCAUGAAUAAUUGA